AUGCCUACUUCCAACAACUCCCUCGAAUCUGUUAUGGACAAGCACUGUGAAAUGGUCAGUCACAGCGGUUCUGCAGACCAAACCCAGUUUUCUGGAAUUGCUUUCAACCCCUUGUGCAAUUUCAAUCAAGAGAUUGUCAACGAAAUGCAUGGAGAAGUUGUACUCCGAUCUGUGACAGAUGUCUUUGUCAACCAUGCCAAUAUGGAAUGGACCUGUACCUUGGACAGAAACCCAGCAGUUACAAGCCUCCUAAGUCUCAGAAGUUUUUUGCCAACUGAAGUCAACGAGGCUACUACCAAAACCAUUGUUGCACAGAAGCCAAAGACGAAUCUGCUGGAAAAGGUCGACCUUAAUUCAGUUUCCAAUGCAGAAAGCAUAGGUCGAGGGAAACAGGCAUCAAUGUCCGGACUGCCCAGAGAGAAAAUCCAGGCCGAUUUUGAUGCUGCCAUGGUGGAGACUGAUGAGUCCAAUGGGCUGGAGACGAUGGAGGUUGAGGAGGUUUCUGCGUCUAAAGAACGAAAACAUGGCAACCAAAAAUGUUAUCUUGAAACAAGCAAGGAUAGCUGUCAUGGAAGAGUUCUCUGGGGUGCAGAUUACCAAAUCAGCAAUCCAGAAGCACUUGGUGAAGAAGUGUGUCCUGACAAUGAAGAAGUUGGAGAAGCUGCCUGA